CGAACCGCCACAUAUACAAACUUAUUACAAACAUAUUUGAUUCCACCGCCCAUUUUAAGAAUAACGUUGCUUUUUCAUUUGCGUAAUGAAGACUUCGAUAAUUUGAAUCUUCCAACUUACAAGAAGUAUAUUGUGUAUAACUAAUGUCAAAAAAUCUGAAGGAUAUUUGUCGAAAAGUAGUGGCAGUUGGACGAAACUAUGCAGACCAUGCAAAAGAAUUGGGAAAUAAAGUUGAAUCUUCGCCUGCUAUAUUUUUAAAGCCUUCUAGUUGCAUCAUUGAAGAGGGAAAAAUUAAAUUACCAAAUGGGGCCAGUGAAGUCCAUCAUGAAGUCGAACUUGGUUUGGUAAUUGGGAAAUCACUGACAAAUGUCAAAGCAGAAGAAGUAAAAGAUCCACUCAAUUUAAUCCAACCUCUCUGUUUUUGGGGGAAAUUUUGUCUGUUUUGGGGAGAUUGUGGGGAAACCGCCAAACAGAACUUUGAAAACAUGGUUUAUUCAGCAAUAUUAGGUUAUGUGGUUGCGUUAGAUCUAACUGAUCGACCACUUCAGAAUCAACUAAAAGCAAGCGGACUACCAUGGACGUUGGCUAAAUGCUUCGACACAGCUUGCCCUGUGGGGCCAAUUCUUCCAUUGGAAUCACUACCGGCCGGUAUUUUAACUUCUCGUCAGGAAUUCCAAAAAGUAGAUAAUGAGAUUUGGUUAAAAGUAAACCAGUUGGAACGACAACGAUCAAAACUGAAUAUGAUGGUCUGGACACCAGCAGAUUUAGUAUCGAUAAUUACCAAGAGGAUCUCACUACAAUAUGGAGAUCUAAUUUUAACCGGUACACCUGCUGGUGUAGGGCCUCUGAAAUCUGGUGAUGAAAUUGAAGCUGGAUUGGAUGAUUUAUGUUCUAUAAAAAUUAGCGUAGAAUAA